GCCUAGCAACAAUGCAUGACGGGAAGGGACACAAACUCGAACUCCGAAAUCCAAGAUGGACGAAACGAAGAAACCGCUGCGAAUCCCGCCUGAAUUUGGCACUUACGCAGAGAAACACGGCGUUUUCGAUCUAUACAAGAGAGUGAUAGAGAACAUUGUGAUUGACAAGCCAGAAGAACCGUUACAGUACAUCAUCGACUACCUCAAGAGGGAGAAUGAUGAUGUUCCCCAGAUCUGCAUCCUGGGGCCCCCUGCAGCUGGCAAGAGGACAAUUGCCCGAGAGGUGUGCAAGCGUCUCCGUGUGGUUCACAUCACCCCCGAGGCUCUGGUAGGGGAUGACGUGAACCCUGUUGCUAAACAGGCCAGGAACAUUGUCAAGGCAGGGGAGUCCAUCCCUGUGGAGGUGUGGGUCAGUCUGGUGAAGAACAGGAUAAAGAGUCAUGACUGUAUCAAAAAGGGCUGGCUGUUGGAAGGAUUCCCACAGACACGUGAGCAGGCCCAGGCUAUCCAGGCAGAGGGGAUUUCACCUAAACACUGUGUUGUUUUGGAGGCUCCUGACACUGUCCUUAUUGAGCGUGUGGCAGGGAAGCGGGUGGACCCACAGACUGGAGAUGUGUACCACACAACGUUUGAUUGGCCGAGUAAUUCCGAGAUUGAGAGUCGCCUGAUUGUUCCGGAGGGGAUCACAGAAGAGUCCAUGGUGAGCAGCCUGGUCGAGUAUCACAGGCAUUCAGCAGAUGUCCUCAGAUGUUUUCCCAAAGUCACCAAAAAGAUCAACGCAGAUCAACCCAAGGCUGACAUCCUUGCAUUAGUUUUGACGUUCCUGAACAGCACCCCCCGCACGGCUGCCCCCCACACCCCCAGGAUUGUACUGCUGGGACCCACGGGUGCCGGCAAGUCUGUACAGGCCUCACUCAUUGCAAACAAGUACAACAUCACCAACCUGUCCUGUGGUGCCCUGAUUAAGGAGGCCAUCGCUGACGAGACCAAGAUUGGAGAAGCCAUCAAGCCGUAUGUGGAGCGGGGCAUGAUGGUUCCAGACAACCUGGUGAUGAAGGUCCUGAGUGACCGACUCUCGCGAUUGGACGCUGUCAGUCGCGGCUGGGUCAUGCACGGCUUCCCCAGGACACGGGAACAGGCAGAGAGUCUAAAGGACGCCAACCUCGACCCCAACAGGGUGUUCUUCCUGGACAUACCAAAUGACUCUGUGAUGGAGAGACUUGUUCUCAGGAGGACGGAUCCAGUAACAGGAGAAAGGUAUCACUUCCUGUACAAUCCCCCACGGACCAAUGAGGUGAAAGCACGCCUGCAUCAGCAUCCCAAAGAUGAGGAGGAAGCUGUGAAGAAACGUCUGAUCGAGUACCACGCCUAUGCGGAGGAGAUCGCCGACUUCUACGAGGCGGCCAUGAGGAUCAACGCAGACCAGGACCCGCACACGGUGUUCGAGUUCAUCGAGAGCAUGAUUGUGAACCCAUUGCCUAAGAAGCAUGGUGACGACUAGUCCUCACAAUAUACAUGUAUACUUCACACCUAGUCUAGAGUAUUGUAACUAAGACUCUUUAGCCUAUGUUUGGAAUGGAUAAAUUCAGUUAGGCUUUCACUUGAAAAUUGCUUGACUCAUCUCUUCCACACGUUUAUAGGCUCUGAAAAAACUCUCUGAAUUCUAUUUUGAGAUAUAGAUAUAAGAAGAGACUGUGUUUAAGUUUUCUUAUUAGAGUUUUAUUGGUUAAAGUACAAUUUUGAUGAUAGAAGUUGUAACAACACAGACUCCUAUGAAAGCUACGUUGUAUAUGACAAGAAUGGAAAUAUGCAUGUAAACUACUGCAUGUUGUAUAGAAUUCUAUCAAAUGUCAUGUUACAAGUGUGUCUCUGUCAUGACAAUGAAGUUACAUUGAAGUUAUAUACAAUAUACACAUGGAGUUCAAGGCUCAGAAUUCUUACAAAUUGUCUAAACAUAACUCAUUUGUAUUUGAUACACUGUGGUAACUUGAAAGUUACUAACUUCCUGUGUACCUUGAAUGUAUCUAGCACACUGUACAGAUUGUAAGAUGCAUUUUUGUUGGGUCCUUUGGAUGCAAAAGAACAAAUAUUGUUGAGGUGUUAUCUUUUACGUUUUCCAAAGUUCCAUCCAGAAAAUGAAGCAUUGUUUAUGAUCCUUUGCAGUACCCUGAAAAACAGUUUUUGUAAAUAUUGAUAUUUUUGAGGGA